UGGGGAAGAAGAAAAAGAAACAAGUUUUUUUUUUUUUUUUUUUUUUUGGGGGGUUGGUGUUUAUAAGAAUCCCUUGUUUGUGUUGGAGGGGGAGAGAGAGAGAGAGAGAGAGGUGAGUAGAGUGAUGGCGAAAGGGAAGGCAAUACUAGUGGUGGUAGUUUCAGUAGUGGUGGCGGCCUUGGCAAUGGUGCCGCUGUGCCAUGGAGCCAAGAAACCAGAGAGCAGUGCUAGAAAGGAAGACAUUCCCUACAUCAAAUGCCAGGUCUGUCAGAAGCUCGCUGCUCAGCUCUACCACCAAGUUCACAACAAACAAGCUCAGAUCGCUCCCAAGAAGAUCUCGGAGUAUCAAAUAAUUGAAAUUACGGAGAAUGUUUGCAAUUUGAAGAAGACUGAAGCGGAUUGGAUUCUGCAGAUUGAUAUUGUUGAAAAAGGAGAUAAAUUGGAGCUGGUGGAACAAGACUCUGAAGGACAGUGCAAUUCAGAAUGCAAGACCAUUGAGCGAGCUUGCCAGGAGGUUUUGGGUUAUUCCGAUACUGAUGUUGCAGAAUAUCUAUACAAUUCUAAGCCUCAAAUUGAUUCAUUGGUUAAUUUUCUCUGUAAAGAUAUCACCAAAGCAUGCAGUACCAAGAUUCCACCACUUCCUAAGGAUAGGACUCCUGGAGAACCAUUUGUUCCCAAAUCAUCAAAGGAGGCUGAAAUGGAAAAGAUAUUGAAAUCUAUGGAGGGUAUGCCAGGAGCCCCAAACAUGAAAAUGUAUUCAAGGGAUGAUUUGACGAACAUGCAAAAUAUUGGCAAUGAAGAUUUGGAUGAUGAAGAUGAUGAAGAUGACGAUGACACAAAGUUUCCAUCAAAAUUGGGAAAAGUUUUAAGAGAAAAAGAAAGCACGAAGAGGGAUUGGCAGCAGAGGAUCAGUAAAGGGAUUGUAAAGACCGGGGAGACCUUAAAGAAACAUGCAAACCAAGUCUCCACACGUAUAAGGCAGUGGUGGAGAAGACUGAAGAAGCCUAGUUCAAAGAAAAGUUCAAAGAAAAGUUCGAAGGCAAGCAACCAAGAGCUCUAGAAGAGUACAGAUCAAACAUCCCUAGGAAGUAAUUUGUCAAGGAUCAUCACGUUUUGUGCACUGUACCAAUAUGGUUUUGACAGAGUAGGAACUUGAGAAGAAAUUAAAGCCAUUCUGUGAAUUCUUUUCUUUUUAGUCACCACCUGGGAAUUUGAGAAGCAUUUUCAUUC